UGGCCGCAUUCAGCGGAAUCGGCGAGGCGGAGCGGCAGGGGAAAGAUGGCGGCGCUGUGGCGGGCGCUGCGGGCGCUGCGGGCGCUGCCCGCCGGGGCUCGGGGCCGCUCGGCGGGAUCACCCGGCGCCGUGGCGCUGCCGAGGCCGCUCGGAGCCGACGCGCACGAGGAGGAGCCGAUGUUGGUGGCGCAGAGGAAGAACCCCGAUUACCACGGCUUCUCUGCCGACCCCGACGCCGACGUGCUGAACAUGCGCGCCGCCUUCCUGGCCGGGAUCUCCAUCGCCAUCGUCCUCGGCUCCGUCUUCGUCCAUUACCUGCCCGACUACGGGCUGCAGCAGUGGGCCCGGCGCGAGGCCGAGAUCCAGGUGCGGGAGCGGGAGCGCCGGGGGCUGCCCCUCCUCACCUCCAACUACUACGACCCCAAGCGCCUCCCGCUGCCCCCUCCAGAGUGACCCCCGGACCCUCAGCUGCCCUCCCGGAGUGACUCCGGACCGCCUCGUUCGCUUGUGAAUAAAGUUCUAGGUCAUCCCUGA